GGGUAGAGAGUUCCAGGGAAGGAGGGCGUGGACAAAGCGCUACCUGAACUUACGGCGCGAAAAAGGCGCGCAUGCGUCCUACGGAAGCUCACCGACCGCAUUGCGGUUUAGUUUUCUCACCCAAUGCAUGUGGCAGGAGCGGUGAGAUAACUGCCUCACGCGGAUCCUGGACUGACGGUCACGACUGCUUAUCCGCUAACCCUGUUCUGAUCUCCCCCUUGCCCCCACACACCCGAAACCUGUGUGCAGGAUCCGCCGCCAUGGAGCUACAGCUUCCUGAAGCCUCGACCGGCGUCGUUUCGAUUCCGCGCCAGCUGCCGGGCUCACAUUCGGAGGCUGGUGUCCAGGGUCUCAGCGCGGGGGAUGACUCAGAGUUGGGGUCUCACUGUGUUGCCCAGACUGGUCUCGACCUCUUGGCCUCAAGCAAUCCUCCUCCCUCAGCUUCCCAGAAUGCUGAGAUUACAGGGACGGGGUCUGACUGUGUUGCCCAGGCUGGUCUUCAAUUCUUGGCCUCAAGUGAUCCUCCUGUCUCAGCUUCCAAGAAUGUUGAGGUUACAGGAGGGACACUGGCUGCUAAAGAAGAGAACUGUCAGGGUUGUCUUAGUAAAGGCUGAAGAAUGCAAAGUGGGGAUAAAAGCCAGAAAGAGUGAAAGAAAUAGAACCAAAGUCAUCUCUUAGGAGAAGAGAAAUAAAUGCACCAUCGGAAGAGUAUCCAGUAUGCAAGCACCAUGAGCCAGGACACCGAGGUGGAUAUGAAGGAGGUGGAGCUGAAUGAGUUAGAACCCGAGAAGCAGCCGAUGAACGCGGCGUCUGGGGCUGCCAUGGCCGUGGCGGGAGCCGAGAAGAAUGGUCUGGUGAAGAUCAAGGUGGCGGAAGACGAGGCGGAGGCAGCAGCUGCGGCUAAGUUCACGGGCCUGUCCAAGGAGGAGCUGCUGAAGGUGGCGGGCAGUCCCGGCUGGGUGCGUACCCGCUGGGUGCUGCUGCUGCUCUUCUGGCUCGGCUGGCUCGGCAUGCUGGCGGGUGCCGUGGUCAUAAUCGUGCGGGCGCCGCGCUGUCGCGAGCUACCGGCGCAGAAGUGGUGGCACACGGGCGCCCUCUACCGCAUCGGCGACCUUCAGGCCUUCCAGGGCCACGGCUCGGGCAACUUGGCGGGUCUGAAGGGGCGUCUCGAUUACCUGAGCUCUCUGAAGGUGAAGGGUCUUGUGCUGGGCCCACUUCACAAGAACCAGAAGGACGAUGUCGCUCAGACCGACUUGCUGCAGAUCGACCCCAAUUUUGGCUCCAAGGAAGAUUUUGACAGUCUCUUGCAAUCGGCUAAAAAAAAGAGCAUCCGUGUCAUUCUGGACCUCACUCCCAACUACCGGGGUGAGAACUCGUGGUUCUCCACCCAGGUUGACAGUGUGGCCACCAAGGUGAAGGAUGCUCUGGAGUUUUGGCUGCAAGCUGGCGUGGAUGGAUUCCAGGUUCGGGACAUAGAGAAUCUGAAGGAUGCAUCCUCAUUCUUGGCUGAGUGGGAAAACAUCACCAAGGGCUUCAGUGAAGAUAGGCUCUUGAUUGCAGGGACUAACUCCUCCGACCUUCAGCAGAUCGUGAGCCUACUCGAAUCCAACAAAGACUUGCUGUUGACUAGCUCAUACCUGUCUGAUUCCAGCUUUACUGGGGAGCAUACAAAAUCCCUAGUCACACAGUAUUUGAAUGCCACUGGCAAUCGCUGGUGCAGCUGGAGUUUGUCUCAGGCAGGGCUCCUGACUUCCUUCUUGCCGGCUCAACUUCUCCGACUCUACCAGCUGAUGCUCUUCACCCUGCCGGGGACUCCUGUUUUCAGCUACGGGGAUGAGAUUGGCCUGAAGGCGGCUGCCCUUCCUGGACAGCCUGUGGAGGCUCCAGUCAUGCUGUGGGAUGAGUCCAGCUUCCCUGACAUCCCAGGGGCUGUAAGUGCCAACAUGACUGUGAAGGGCCAGAGUGAAGACCCUGGCUCCCUCCUUUCCUUGUUCCGGCAGCUGAGUGACCAGCGGAGUAAGGAGCGCUCCCUACUGCAUGGGGACUUCCAUACAUUCUCCUCUGGGCCUGGACUCUUCUCCUAUAUCCGCCACUGGGACCAGAAUGAGCGUUUUCUGGUAGUGCUUAACUUUGGGGAUGUGGGCCUCUCGGCUGGGCUGCAGGCCUCCGACCUGCCCGCCAGCGCCAGCCUGCCAACCAAGGCUGACCUUGUGCUCAGCACCCAGCCAGGCCGUGAGGAGGGCUCCCCGCUUGAGCUGGAACGCCUGAAACUGGAGCCUCACGAAGGGCUGUUGCUCCGCUUCCCCUAUGCGGCCUGACCCCAGCCUGACGUGGACCCACUACCCUUCUUUCCUUCCCAGGCCCUUUGGGUUCUGGUUUUUCUCUUUUUUUCCCUUUUUUAAAAAACAAAAACAAAACUGUUGCAGAUUAUAAAUGAACCCCCAAAUAGGGUGUUUUCUGCCUUCAAAUAAAAGUCACCCCUGCCUGGUGAGGUCUUGUCUUCCCUCUG